GCUCGUGAUACUGGAAUUUAGGCUUAUCCUCGAUGAAGUGCUUGUCGUACACGGACUCAUACAGCGAUGAUGAACCACCUUGUAGUAUGGACGCUGGGCAAGCCCCACUCAUCUUCGACUUGACUAUUCGAUAGCUCUAGGGAGCCGAAUCACAAGCGGCAUGUCUGGACGCCCGAGAGGCUUCCCAUCCUGUAACCGGGAUGCAAGGUUAGUUGGCCAUUAUAAUACACCAACAAAGCGUUACCAAAAUCUACGAGAUAUCUCAGUUAUAGUUGGAACUUCCUGGGUUUCACACGAUAAGGCUUGACAGGGCAUAUGACCUCGUCCGCUAUCGCCUGAUAUACCAAGUGAGAGAGUAUUAAAGCAAGAUUAGAAUCUUGAGAAUAAUCGUUUGUUAACAUGAGCGAGAUCCAGCGGAGAGUCGCCAUCAUUGGCGCCGGUGUUUCCGGGUUGACCCAAGCUAUUGCUCUCAAAACCAAGCUUAAAUUUCACAAUUUCACAAUAUUUGAGAAAGGGCCUGAAGUCGGUGGAGUGUGGCGGGCUAACAAAUAUCCUGGAUGCUCGUCGGAUGUCGACAUUCAUUGGUACAGCUUAUCAACAGACCUUUACCCAUACUGGAACAAGUCCCAUGGCCUUCAACCGGAGAUUCAAGCCUACUGGAUUAAGCUCUCAAGGAAAUAUAAUCUGUACCCACAUAUCGCAUUCAACACGAAAGUGUUAUCUGCCGAGUGGGAUGAUGCCAAACAACAGUACACCAUUGUCGCGGAAGAUGUUUUUUCAGGUAAGCGGACGAUGAGUGUGGCCCACGUCGUGAUAUCUGCCCUUGGUAUUUUGGAGGCGCCAAAGAUGCCAUACGAGAUCCCUGGAAUUCGGAAGUUUCAGGGAGCUUCAUUUCACUCCGCACAGUGGCCAAGCUCGAUAGAUCUGCAGAAUAAGCGUGUUGCAGUGAUUGGAAAUGCCUCUUCCGGAGCACAAUUCGUACCAUCUGUAUCUGAAGAUUCGUCUGUUGAAGUAGUAAAUUUCAUUCGCACUCCGACCUGGUUCAAUACUCGACCACAUAUUCCGUACUCGGACACUGCGAAAUGGAUGUUUGCUAACAUCCCCCUGGUGAUGCGACUGCACCGAGCUUGGAUCAUGUUCUGGUUCGUCGCUCCCCUUCACUUACCUAUGGGUGAUAAAGCUCUCCAGAAACAACGUGACGCGAUGACGAAAUACAUUCUCGAUAACGCACCGGAUAGAUACCAUUCUCAUAUGAUACCUGUCCAUCCUCCAGGUUGCAAGCGGACUGUCGCGGACAGUGGUUUCCUGAAAAGUCUCUGUCGCUCUAACGUAACACUGAACUUCGACGGAAUCGCCGAGAUAGUGGAGAAUGGCAUCAUCACAAAAACUGGUGAAAUGUUGCCAUUUGAUGUCAUUGUAUAUGCGACCGGAUUCAUCGGCAAACAGGAGCGGUACCCGAUGCACGUGCGUGGCUUGAAUGGAACCACUGUCCAAGGCUAUUAUGAUGCGCACGGUGGCCCUACCGCAUACCUCGGGACUGCAAUUCCAGACACACCAAACUUUUACUUGAUCAAUGGACCAAAUACUGGAACACGAGCAUCGGCGUUAUUCAUUGCAGAAGUGCAAGUUGCAUACAUCCUUCAACUCAUAGAGCCGGUCCUUACUGGUUCUGCCUCAUCUUUCACCAUUAAAGCCACACCCACAGAUGCAUACAACGCCAAGCUGCAGGACGAGCUCUCUCGCUCGGUGCACGUACACUGCUACUCUUGGGCGCGCACGAACGGUACAGACAAGGUAUUCUAUCCGUUUCCUUGGCCUUCGACGGUUUGGUGGUGGUUUCUUCGUAGACCGAAUUGGGAUCAUUACAUGGCAGUCGGGGCCGAGAAAUGGGUGUGGGCAAGGCGAAUCAAGACUGUCAAGAAAUUUUUGAAAUGCAGCGCAGUCUUGACGCUAUUGUGGUCAUAUAUCAGCGGCUCUGCGCAGCAGACAUGGUGGCAAGCGACUACCAUAACUUGUGGCUACUUGAGUAAAUUUGCACAUUAUAAUUAUGUGAAGUAGAAACUGGACGGCUUGUCCCUUGAUCUUACAAUGGAUUUUGCCUACGUG